AUUUGAACCAAAAUACCUCUUUGGGGCAUACCAAUCUUUUCAAUUAUCAAAUGAUAUCUGUUUUAUUUGCAGUGAUUGUAGAAAUUCCAUUUUCCCUAAGAUUAGGAUCCUCUUUCGAAGGAAAACAAUUAAAAAAAUCUUAUAAUUUACAAUCCAUUCAUUCAAUAUUUCCUAUUUUAGAAGAUAAAUUAACAUAUUUUAAUUAUGUGGUAGAUGUACUAAUACCUUACCCGAUCCAUCUAGAAAUCUUGGUUCAAACCCUACGUUACCGGUUCUGUCUAUACGAGUAUUGUAAUUGGAAGAAUUUUGAUAUUAAAAAAACAUCAAUUUUGAAUCCAAGAUUUUUCUUGUUCUUAUAUAAUUCUCAUGUAUGUGAAUACGAAUCCAUCUUUUUUUUUCUACGCAAGCGGUCUUCUCAUUUACGAUCAACAUCUUAUAAAGUCCUUUUUGAGCGAAUUUUAUUCUAUUCAAGUUUGCGAUUAAAUCCUUUAGUGGUACGUAGUCAAAUGCUAGAAAACUCCUUUUUAAUAGAUAAUGUUAGAAUAAAAUUGUAUAGCAAAAUUCCAAUUUCUUCUAUUAUUGGAUCGUUGGCUAAAGAUAAAUUUUGUAAUGUAUUAGGGCAUCCCAUUGGCAAAGCGACCUGGGCGGAUUCAUCAGAUUCUGAUAUUCUCAACCGAUUUCGGAUCCUCAAAAAAAAAAAGAAUUUGUAUCGAAUAAAAUAUAUACUUCGUCUUUGUUGUGUUAAAACUUUGGCUCGUAAACACAAAAGUACUGUACGUGCUUUUUUAAAAAGGUUGGGCUCGGGUUUAUUGGAAGAAUUUCUUACGGGGGAAGACCAAGUUCUGUCUUUAAUCUUCCCAAGAAGUUAUUAUGCUUCUAAAAGAUUAUAUCGAGUUCGGAUUUGGUAUUUGGAUAUUCUUUCUCUUAAUGAU